UAGAAGGCACCGUUACAUUUUGAUUUUAGAAAGCCUCUUCCAGUUCUUUGUUCGAUAGAUCUCUCUUCUCUCUCCCUCUCCACAUUCGUCAGUUGUUUCUGCUUCUGCUACUGAAACUUGAGUCUCAUUCGCAUCAAUCGUGGAUGGAUGCAAUCAGGAAACAAGCCACGAAGCUCAGGGAACAGGUUGCGAAGCAACAACAGGCUGUCUUCAAGCAGUUUGGAGGUGGGAUAUAUGGGGGGUCAGAUAAUUUUGUUUCAGAUGAGACGGAACUACAGCAGCAUCAAAAACUUGAGAAGCUUUACAUGUCAACUCGUGCAGCAAAGCACUUCCAAAGGGAUAUUGUCCGGGGUGUUGAAGGUUACAUUGUUACUGGGUCGAAACAAGUUGAGAUAGGUACAAAGUUAUCAGAAGAUAGCAGGAAAUAUGGUGUUGAAAAUACAUGUACCAAUGGUAAUACAUUAUCAAAAGCUGCAUUGAGUUUUGCACGAGCUCAUGGUCAAAUGGAAAAGGAACGUGGAAAUUUACUGAAAGCUCUUGGUACACAGGUUGCGGAGCCAUUAAGAGCAAUGGUUAUGGGUGCUCCACUGGAGGAUGCUCGGCAUCUUGCUCAACGAUAUGAUCGAAUGCAGCAGGAAGCUGAAGCUCAGGCUAUCGAAGUCUCUAAACGCCAAGUUAAAGUAAGGGAAUCUGCAGGCAAUAUUGAUAAUGCUUCAAAGCUUGAAGCUGCUGAAGCCAAGCUGCAAGACCUGAGGUCAAACAUGGCAACAUUGGGGAAGGAAGCUGUCGCUUCAAUGGCUGCUGUCGAAGCCCAGCAACAAAGGUUGACGCUCCAGCGACUUAUUGCCUUGGUGGAAUCGGAACGUUUUUAUCAUCAACGAGUCUUGCAAAUACUUGAUCAACUUGAGGGAGAGAUGGUAUCAGAGCGCCAAAGAAUUGAAGCUUCUCCCAAUGUGGCUGUAGACAAUUCGAUGCCACCACCACCAUCGUAUGAAGAAGUUAAUGGUGGUUUCAUUGCUCAAACAUAUGAUGGGCCAACAGAUAGCGUGGGAUACUUUUUAGGAGAGGUUACACAUUCAUAUCAAGCUGAGUCUGAUGUGGAGCUGAAUUUGUCAGUUGGUGACUAUGUUGUUGUCCGAAAGGUAUCAAACAAUGGUUGGGCAGAAGGGGAGUGCAUGGGGAAAGCAGGUUGGUUCCCAUUUGGGUACAUUGAAAGACGGGAACGAGUUCUUGCAAGCAAGGUAGCUGAAGUAUUUUAAAUUGUGGAUUUGGACUCUAUACGAUCCCAACUUUUGUAUGUGUUUAGUUAUACAUUAUUGACAUGGUCAGAGAAGUGUAUGUGGACAUUCCUGCAGUAGGGGAGCAUACGUAUUUUUUGAUGUGUGAUAUAGAGUUCAUUUUCUAUUUAGUUGUA